AUGGACUACUUAGUGAAUAUUAACUGGAACAAAAUCACGCCAUGCCUUGUCUUAUUAGUGCUAGAAGUAAUGUUAGAAUUUUCAGAGUGUGCCACGCCGGCGGAGGUUAAUAAACACCUGGAGCUGGGCCGCGACUUCUUGGCUCGGGGUCAGCUAUCAGAUGCUCUGACACACUAUCACGCCGCCGUGGAGGGGGACCCACACAACUAUCUCACAUACUUCAAGCGUGGCACAGUGUACUAUGCUCUAGGGAAAGCUAAGUUUGCCCUACAAGACUUCACUAAGGUAUUGGAGAUUAAGUCUGACUUCACAGCAGCGCGCCUGCACCGAGCUAAUGUGUACCUGAAGCUGGCCCAGUAUGUAGAUGCCAAAGAAGACUUCUUACAAGUUACGUAUGCGGAGCCGUACAACGAGGAGGCGAUCAGCCAGUAUCACAAGAUCGACGCGCUCAUAGAGGACCUGCGCCUGGUGGAGGCGUACUACCGCGGCGGAGACUACCGCGCCGCCGUCGACCUCGCCACCACGCUGCUCGACACCUCGCCCUGGUCCGCGCAGCUGCGCCAGCUGAGGGCCGAGUGCUACAUCGGACUGAACGAUCUCUUCUCAGCAGUGUCAGACAUUAGGUCAGUGAACAGACUGCAACAAGACUCCACAGACGGCUACUACAGACUGGCCACCUUGUUGUACCAGCUCGGACAUGUCAAUGAUGCUCUAAAGGAAAUCCGAGAAUGUCUAAAAUUAGAUCCAGAGCACAAGAAAUGUUUCCCGUUCUACAAGAAGGUGAAGAAAGUGGACAAGUUCCUGCUGGACUGCGAGCAGGCCAGCGAGGCGCGGGACUACGACACCUGCAUCGCCAGCGCCAACAAACUGCUGCGGGCGGAGCAAGAUGUCACGCUAGUCGUGUUCGACGGACGGAGGUGGCUCUGUAGCUGUCUUACUAAGGACGAGCAGUGGUCGGAGGCGCUGUCUGCGUGCGGCGCGGCGCUGGAGCUGCAGCGGGACGCGCGCGCACUGUGCGACCGCGGGGACGCACUGCUCGGGCUCGACAUGUUCGACGACGCUAUCCAGUCAUUCAAAGAAGCGUUAGAGUUAGAAGAAGGUCUGCAACGAGCGAAGGAUGGACUCAGUCGCGCGCAGAAGUUGCAAAAAAUGUCAGAACAGAGAGAUUACUAUAAGAUAUUAGGAGUUAAGAGGUCUGCGAGUAAGCAGGAAAUCAUUAAGGCGUACCGCAAGGCGGCGCAGAAAUGGCAUCCGGACAACUUCCAGGGGGACGAGAAGAAACUCGCUGAGAAGAAGUUUAUUGACAUCGCUGCCGCUAAGGAGGUGCUGACGGACCCGGAGAAGCGCGCCCAGUUCGACGCGGGCAGCGACCCGCUGGACCCGGAGGCGCAGCGCGGCGGCGGCGGGCCCUUCCACAACCCGUUCCACCACUUCCAGCACGGCUCGCCCUUCCAGUUCAAGUUCCACUUCAACUGA